UAAAGCCAACAAGACGAGGAAGCAGCUCACAUCACUGAGAGGAAGCAUGAAGGAAACAUCUCUACUGUUUCUGCUCUGUAAGUAGACUUUUCUCUCUGUUCAUUACUGAUGAUGAAGAGGAAGAAAUGGAAAUAAAAAGACUGAAUUCAGGUCAGAAAUAUCAGGAAGAGAUCUCCACAUAUUCUACCUGCUGGUGUGUUGUUGUCAUUGCUUUUUCUGGAGGAUUUAUUUCUGCACGUUUCUCAACGUUUUCAUUUAAUCUGAUUUUAAAUCCCAUUUUUCCAGAAAUCCCAGUUUGGCCUGAAAACCAGUCAACAUAUAUGCAGAGUAUGUGUGUAUUUCUACUGGACGUGUGUGUUAAAUUGACGUGAAUGUUCUUUGUAUUUAGUUCUGAGCUCCCUGCUGUGCUGCAGAAAAAGUCAAGCUCGUCUGACCAUCAGUCCCAGCAGAUCUCAGCUUUUUGAAGGAGGAGCAGGGACGGCUGGUAUAAGUGGGCUAACAGGGCUUAGCCCUCCCUAGAUUUUUCAGUAAAGAUGAGGAAAAUAAUCAACUAAUUAAUUAAUUAAAACUUUGAACUGGUUGUUCUAAUUCUCGAUCAACCAACAACACCUAAAGAGCAAAAUCCGCACUAAAAACACAAUAUCUUUGUAAAAUGGCUAAUCAUUUACAGCCCAAGCGGAACAACAGAGUUUACCUUGACUUUUCGUUGACACAUGAGUGACGGGUUGUGUGAUUUGCCUCCUUCAUUUGCUUCUCAUUUGGGCUGAAUCUGUGCAGCCCAAAGCGGCGGAUGUGGACCAACGACAGACGACAGGAAAAACUCGAGGUGAAGAAGCUGGGGGCACACCACCCAAAAGAUCUGAAAAUGAGCCAGAAAGACACGCGCCAAAAUCGCAGCUUUUGUGUGAGCUGGUUUCAGAGAAAAGAAUGGCUAACAGCUAGCCAAGCUAAAAAGUCGCUUUUCUGUUUCCCGUGUUUACUUUUUGGAGGAGACACAGCUUGGACUGAGCAAGGUGUUGUGGAUCUGAAACAUUUAUCAGAUAAAAUAAAGAAACACGAAUGCAGCACAAGUCAUAUCGGAAAUGGCGUAAAGCUGACGAUGUUGGGUAAAGUCAACAUCGCCUGCCAGCUCGAUGAGGGCCACCGCUUUGCUGUACAGAGACACAACGAACUUGUCAAGAAAAACAGGCAUUCAUUAUCACGUAUUGUGGACUGUAUUAAGUUUUGCGGGGCUCACGAACUCUCUUUACGUGGAUCUGAUGAAUCUUCCACUUCGCUUAAUCGGGGCGUGUUUCUGGACCUCGUUGACCAGUUCUCCUUUUUAGACAGCCAGUUAGCUGAUCACCUGUCAAACACACAGGUUGCAAAGUACACCUCAAAAACCAGCCAGAAUGAGUUGCUGGACUGCAUGCUAUCAGUUUAUGAAAAGAAACUGGGCGAUGAAAUAUCGCAAGCACCGUUUGUGGCUGUGCAAGCUGAUGAGACGACAGAUGUGGCGCGUGUCAGCCAGUGCGUCAUUGUGCUCCGUUACGUCACCGAGUGUUCUGCUGUGGAGAGAUUUCUUUCUUUUUCUCCGUUAGUGGACAGAACUGCAGAGGGGUUUGAAAAACUUCUGAGAGAAAAACUCCAGCCAUAUAAACUGGAAAGUAAACUGAUCGCACAAACGUAUGAUGGGGCUGCUGUUAUGAGCGGCGCAGCGUCGGGCUUGCAGGCCAGAUUAAAGGAGACGUUUCCUCACGCGCACUUUGUGCACUGUUAUGCCCAUCAGCUGAACCUAAUAAUUCAACAGGCCUGCUCAUGCCUCACACCAGUCAGAAUUUUUUUUGCAAACUUAACAGCCUUUGCAACGUUUUUCGCCAAGUCUCCCAAAAGAACUGCGGUUCUGGAUGAAGUUUGCGGGAUUAGGAUUCCCGAGUCGGGACAAACAAGGUGGAACUUCAAGAGCCGCACAGUCCACACGGUGUUCGAGCAACAAAACAGUCUGAAGGCAUGUUUUGAAAAAAUACAAAACAGCCAGUCCUGGGACAGCGUGUCCGUCCAACAAGCCCACGGUCUGUCCACAUUACUGGAGGAUGAAGACUUUAUUUUCUUUUUAGAGUUUUUCCACGCCGCUCUGAUGCAUGUCGAUAUUUUCUACAACACCCUUCAGAAACGAACCACGGAUCCCCUGAAUACUGGACAAGCCCUGAUGAAUUUCUCCAGGUCCAUAACUGGACUGAGAGAACAGCUGAUCAAAGAUGACUGUCAUCCAAACGCGCCACGCAGGAUGCAGAGGUCUGGCUGCGUGUCGGUGGCCACGCAGUGCUGCAGCAUCAUGAUCGAGCAGUCCAAAGCUCGCUUUGAAAAAGCCCGACACCUAAUGUCGUUUGAACUGAUAAACCCGGAGCUGUUCUCACAGUUUAAGGCCAGUUUCCCCCAACAACAGCUGGAUGUCGCAUGUGAACAUUUUCCAAUGAUCUGCAAGGAGAAACUAAAGGGUGAGCUGAUGGUGAUGUACAGCAGUGCGGAGUUUGCGGUGUUAACGUCUGCAGUGACACUUUUGAAAAUGUUGAUAGAGAAUAAUCUUCAAAACACUUUCUCUGAAACUCUGAAACUGACACAAAUAGCCAUCACAACCCCGAUGACAUCAGCAGAGUCAGAGAGGUGCUUCAGCACCUUGAAGAGGAUAAAGUCUUUUCUGAGAAGCACUAUGGGACAGGACAGACUGAACGCACUGGCCGUGCUUUCUAUUGAGCGGGACUUCAUUCAGAAAUCACCUGACUUCAAUGAGAUGGUGAUCAACCUGUUUGCAUCUCAGAAAAAUCGUCGUGCUGAACUCCUCUUCAAAUGAGCCCUCCCACUCAAUAUCACCACAAGCCGUCACUGGUGUCUCUGGUCAGUGAGGACGACAGUUCUGCUGGAUAGACGGUGAUGAAAAACACGACCAUGAAGACCAGGACUCAGUGUGGAUCUGGGUGGGGAAAACCUGCUGGUUCUUCCUGUAGGAAUGACUACAUUCUCCCACAGGACUCUGGAGUUUACUGGUGUGAGUCCAGAGAGGGAGCAACCAGUAACAGCAUCACCCUCACUGUCACUGGUGGAUCAGUGAUCCUGCAGAGUCCUGUCCUCCCUGUGAUGGAGGGAGAUGACCUCACUCUGAGCUGUCAAUCAAAGCCUCCCUCCAACCUCCCAGCUGCUUUCUAUAAAGAUGGCUCCCUCAUCAGGACUGAGUCUACAGGUCACAUGACCCUCCACCAUGUUACCAGGUCUGAUGAAGGUCUCUACAGGUGUAGCAUCAGCAGUCAUGGAGAGUCUCCACCCAGUUGGAUCUCUGUGACAG